AUGGGCGAGUCGUUUGACAUUCAAAACCUACUCCAAACCGGGUACUUUACAACGUCCCGAGCCAAAAGUCCGAAACCUCCACCAUCGCAGAUUGAGGAUCGUCCUUCCUCUCAGCCCCCAUCCCAGCAGCAACCAUACCAGCUGCCUUAUUACCCAUUAAUACCACGACCACAGUCUGCAGCUCCACCACAAAUUUCCAGAGUUCGACCGCCGGCGCCGUCUGUCGAAGAUGAAGAAGUCUCACUUAAGCGGGAACAUGGGGCGUCAUUCUCCAAAUACCAGGACGAGGAGCCCCCAUCACGUGGGGACGCCGAACAGAACCCCGUGAUUAUGGAGGUUCAUGAAUACAAUCCGGAGCGACGAUUCGUUAUUCUAACAGGCUCUUCGAGCGGUUCCGAGGGCGGCGAACCCGACAGGAAGAGCGGAUCGGACCGCAAGAGUGAGCCCGAGAGAAGGACGGAAGGACCUCGACGAACCGAACCUAGCAGAAGGACUGAACCAGAACGUAGAGUCGAACCGGAAUCUAAGCCUCCACGAGUUGAACGAUCUGAGAGACCUGAACGGAAUGAGCGCGCUGAGCGACAGGACAGACCAGAAAGGGUCGAACGCUCUGAAAGACAAGACAAACCUGAAAGAAGCGAAAGGCCGGAAAGGCCAGAAAGAAAUGAAAGGGUUGAACGACAGGAUAGACCCGAAAGAAUUGAGCGAAUUGAGCGACAAGACCGGCCCGAGCGCACUGAAAGGGCUGAGCGACAGGAGAGACCGUUGAGCGACGCCUAUGCAGACACAAGAUCAAGUCGAAGAUAUGACACUAAUUUGAAAGCCGAUGCACCAACAAUUAGGGAACGCAGCAGACCGCCCCUAGAGAAACGACGCAGCAGACAAGACUUGCCUCGACUGGAAACUGAGUUUCGAGAUGAUCAGUUACCAGAGAAAUACCGUACUCGCCCUUCGGCGCCCGCUGGCAGUCGUUAUGAACAGCCUCCCGCUCGGCCCCCUAAAAUUCCCAUUGAUCCCUCGCUGGCACCCGAAAUUAUUAAGAGUAGCGCCAGCGGUCGUGAUCAAGCGUACUAUGGACAGUCUCAGAAUGCUGCGCGCAGGUCUCCUACUCGGCCCAGCACUGCUUCCAGUAUACCGAAUGAAAGACGGUAUGAAAGUGGCCAUACUCGAAACUCUUCAACUGCAUCCACAACAAAACGUACAACUGUUGAGCCCGAGAAAUCGACCCGGCCUUUAUCGAAGGAAAGAGUCGGUGAUACUUCAACUCGCCCGCUUUCGAAAGAGCGUGUUGAAGAGAAGCCCAGUCGUCCUUUGUCAAAAGAAAGAGUUGGAGGGGAACCCCCUUACAGAAGCGAGUAUGUAUCAAGAGGUAGCAGGAAAGAGAACUCCCCCCCUUACGCCAGACCGGAGCGUGAGGAGUAUGGUCGAUCCUCAACAUACUCAUCUCGUGAGCCUGUGAGAGAGUCCACAGCUCGACGAGACGACCGUGGCGAGGACAGUCGUUCUGGAGACGAUCAUCCCAAGGGCCCGCGAGAGCUUCAUCCAAGACGGAAGAAGUCUGUUGUUUUGCAGGAUGAACGAGAUUCUCAGCCAAAGUUGGAAAAGAUCGAUGCACCGAGCGGUCCCAGAGAGAAGACUCGAGGACCUACGAUACCAAUCCCAUUUCCAAUCCCUAUUCCAAAUGGAUCGACUGCAUCAGGCGACGUGCCUCCACCCGUACGGCCCUCCUCAACAUUUCCAAUCACUAGGGAUCACCACCCCCUUCCUGAAAGGCCAAAGUCGGAGCUCCCUUACCCCAUGGACGAUGAUCCUUUGGUUGACCCCUUUGACGUACGGAAUAAUGCGGAAAGAGUGGGCAGGUCACGAUCUCGCUAUGAGGAAGACUCAGUCGUGUCGAUGCCUAGCAUGCCAGCUCCUAUUCCCAAUGGCUCCAGUGCAUCACUCGAGUCUAGGCCUGCAUCGGCUUUCCCAUCGACUAAUCGUCCUCCACCUUCCACACAAUCUUGGAAACCACCGGCAUUUGACCCCAUUCGAGAUGGCGUUCGCCUCGAGAAGCCAGUAGGAUCCGUUCGGCGUCACUCGGAACAACAGGAAGUGACAGGUGUUACCACCUUUCCCGAAUGCCGCCGCAAGCAUCCCGUUGCAGGCUCGGUGGACUGGCUUACACUACCUCGCACGGAUUUCAACAUUUGCCCGGACUGCUAUGGUGCUGUCUUUGCAAAGACGCAGUAUCGAAACAUGUUCCAGAUUAUGCUUCGUCCCUCUUCCCAGGCGAUUUCGUGUGACUUUGGUGUCGGGCCGUGGUACCGCAUUGCAUGGCUUCUCACUUUGAAGAAUGAGCUGCCUGAUCUGCGACUAUUCCAUGAAGUUGCCAACGCCGUUGCUGCCACCAAGGGGCUUCCAUGUCCGGGGGACAGAGUUACCACCCGCAACUGGCAGUCGCUCUGGAAUCCAUACACACGACAGCCCAUCUACGAUUUUACGGUGUGUCCUCAAUGUGUCAAGAUAAUUUAUGCAUUGUUUCCCAACCUCACGGGUACCUUCAUUCCUGUCGACUCCCGUUCGGAACCUACCAGGGGACUUUGCGCAAUGCGCUUCAAGCCAAAACGGAAACGUUUUGUCAUGUACUUUGACGCGCUGGAAACAACGUCAGAUCAAGCUCGGCUCGAGCAAGAAGAGCCAGAUGUCAAGACUCUUGCACAAGACGUCGAGAAGAUGGCUUCAGUGAGCGAGUGCCAGGAAGAUAAGCCAAUUGCCAAUGGACACUGGCAUGUUAUGCAAUACCUUCAGCAGUUCACGGUUUGUGGCGAAUGCUUCGAUGAAGUGGUCAAACCCUCGAUCAAGGAUGAUAACGUCAUCGCUCGUAACUUCUACAUGAAGCCGCAGAAGCUACCGCUUGCAACAUGCCAGCUCUACUCCAGCCGGAUGAGAGAGAUAUUCAAGAAGGCAUGCCGAUGGAAUGAUCCCAAGUACCUGGAGGCCAAGGUACUCGAACGCAUGGAUGUCGAGGCCAUGAUUCACGAAAAGCUGGCCAAGUUGGAGAGAUCGAAGCAUGAUGACGAGGAUUGGGUUGAAGAACAGGUGGACAAGUACAUUCAAGAAUGGAAGAGGUGGGAAUAA